UGGGGCGGGAGGGGGAUGGGGAGGAGGUGGUGGAGGGGGGGGAUGGGGAGGAGGUGGGGAAGGGGGAGGAGGGUGGGGCGGGGGAGGUUGGGGUAAGAAGAGAGGGCAAAGUGAGGGUGAUGGGGCUGCUGGGAACACAAGAGAUGGAGAGGACGGGUGGGAAAGAGGAGGGGGUGGUGGGGAUGGUGGGGAUGGGUGGGGAGGUGGAAGAGGAGGUGGGGAUGUGUGGAGAGGUAGAGAGGACGGGGGAGACGAGGGCGGACAGGGGGAAAGGGGGUGGAGGGGGAGGGGAGGAAGGGGGAGGGGUCGCGGGAGGGGAAGGGGAAGGGGGAGGGGAAACGAUUCGUGGGGAGACAGGGAGAAAGGGGAUGGGGGGGGCGAUGGAGGAGGGCGGGCUGGAUGGGGGGGAGGCGGAUCGGGGGGAGGUGGAUGGGGGGGAGGAGGGGGAGGCGGAUGGGGGGAAGGUGGAGAAGGGGAAGGUGGAGGGGGAGGAAAGCGUGGGUUCAGGGAAGAUAGAGAUGGGGGGAACCGAUGGGGGGGAGGAGGGGGAGGCGGAUGGGGGGGAGAUGGGGCAGAUGAAGAGGGGAGAAGCUUGGGGGGAAGCGAAAGAGGCAGGGGCAGGGGCAGGGGGAGGGGAAGGGGAGACAGAGAAUUUCGGGGAGGCAGAGGCGGAAGGAGAGGGGGCCGAGAUCAUCACAGGGAGCGGCAGGAGAGGCCUAAGAGAUGGUCACAGUGGGACCAUCUGGGGGAGAAUGGGCUUCCAAAAGUGGGCCAUCCGUUGCUGUGGCCGGGAGAAGUGUGUAUUUGGAGGGAGGGAGAGAGCCAUUCUCAUCGGUCAUAUGGCGGCUGGGCUGCCCCGGUUAACGGCCACAGGGGAGGACGAGAAAGUGCGUAGUCUCAUGGUGUCACAGGUGGAAGGGGGAGGCGGGAUACCGCCCCGCCUCACUGCCACAGGGGAAGAGGAGAAAGUGCGUAAUCUGAUGGUGUCUCAGGUGGAAGGUGGAGGCGGCAUAGUGGAUGCUGCUCGCAUGGACGUGGACAGUCACGGUGUGCGCCUGGGCAGGGUUCGUCUGCAUGCCACGCUGCGCCCGGAGGUGGGGGACAAGCUGACAAGCCGGCACGGGCAGAAGGGGGUCAUUGGGCGUGUGCUGCCCUCCCACGACCUGUCCUGGUUCGACGGCGUUGCCAGAAUCAGUUCCUCUCUUAAAGCCCCUGGUGCUGCCAGUGCUGCUGCUGGUGCUGCUGCUGGUGCUGGUGCUGCCAGUGCUGCUGCCAGUGCUGCUGCUGGUGCACCUACAGCAGUGGGAGCGCCGGAUUUGAUGAUCAAUCCACACGUGCUGCCCUCCUGCAUGACACUGGGGCAAGUCAUGGAAGCACUCUCUGCCGAGGUGGCAUGCUCUCCCGUGCAAGAGAAAAGCAGCAACGCAAGCCUCCCCUCCUUCCCCGCUUGCUCCUCGGACCUCUGGGGCUCGGACCUGCUCUCUGAAGCACAGCAGCGGCUGCGCAGCUGUGGCUACUCACCUCUCGAUUUGGGCAAGGACGUUGCAUACUGUGGGAUCACGGGACGAGAGAUGGAGGGGAGGGUGUUUGUCGGCCCUACACACUACUUGCGUCUGAAGCAUCUAGCAGCUGAUAAGAGAGCCACACGGGCCAUUGGGACCAAGCAGAUGACAACCCGCCAGCCCACUAAAGGCAGGGCGCAGCAGGGGGGAAUGCGGGUGGGGGAGAUGGAAAGAGACUGCCUGGUGGCGCACGGGGCAGCGCACUCCCUCUCUGAGCGCCUCUCGCUCCUCUCAGACGCCACUGCCCUUGCUGUCUGCUCUGCCUGCCGCCUCAUUGCCACUGGGGCGGGUGGCUCUGGGGGAGGUGUACUCAGGGCAGGUGGUGGUGGCAGCGGCUUUGAUCGUUACGCUGCUGCUGGUGCUGCUGCUGAUGCUGGUGGUUUCGGUGGUUUUGGCGGAGAGGGGAGUGAUCGCCAUGGUCCUGUGUGCCAGUCGUGUGGAAGCAGCACAAACACCACAGAGGUGUGCAUGCCAUAUGCCUUGAAGCUCCUGUUUGAUGAGAUGAGGGCCAUGGGGAUAUCAGUGCAACAAUGUGCAUGCCAUACGCCUUGA